AUGGGUCGAUUCGUUCCAAUUGGCUUCGCAUUACUUCUAGGCGCUUUGAUUUAUUUUGCGCUGCAAAAAAACGAGGGCAAGAAUGAGAAUAUACUAAAGCAAGAGAGAAGAAAAGAAAACGCGAAAAAGAGGGAGCAUGUUCGUGUCGCGAAGCAGAAUAUGACGGAAGCCGAGAUGCAAAUAAAUGGAAGUCCGCCCGAGUACUUGAUGGUAUUUCAUUAUCUAUCCAGCUUGGAGUUCAAACAAGAAAGCGAUCUAAAGUCAACAAGGACAAAAAUAAAAGAUUACUAUACAGAUAUGGACAUGCUAACUGGGUUCGAGUUCCACAUGGUAACUCCCUAUCCAGAGUUUGAAUCCUCUGAAGCUGAAUGCGAGGGAAGAAAUUGCUACGAGGAGAGAGUGAUGAUUAAGUCACUAGGAAAAGAGAUCGCACUCAAAGUGAACAGAAUGAAUCCGAAAAAGGAUGGUCUCGAUAAAGAGACCUAG